UCUAAUGCCUAUAGAAUCCUGACGGGGAAUUGAUUUUGAAAGGAGCGUGCUUCCGAUAAAGCAAGCAAUGAUAUGACAGUGCCAAGAUGUCGAUAUCUAAAUUAUUCGUAAAAGUAUUCAAUGAAAAUAUCUUCGAGCAGCUGGAGCAGGAGAAUCCCUAUUCAGACCUGGACGAUGACUUGGAAGGAGCCAAUUGUUCCACGGUGGCGGACCCGAAGCCGCUCAAGAUGGACGAGUGGUCCGUUUCAAAGCAAAUGAGCAUCGUGAAGACAUGGUUGGACGACAAAUUUCAGCAAAUACAAACCGACAGCAACGAGGAAAUUCGUCGCUUAUAUACGGAGACAGAGUCCCGUAUUGGGCCCGAUUUGACCAUAUUCGAUGUGGACUACACCACCACAGUGCGCGUAUCCUCGGACAGGCUGGCCUUGCGCUCCCAAGGUAGUUUCAAUACAGUGCGAACAAAUUGUUGCGUUUAUGGCGGCCGUUGGAUGUAUGAGGUUCAACUUCACACCAAGGGAGUCAUGCAGAUGGGCUGGGCCUCCAGCACUUGUCAGUUCAAUGAAAAUAGCGGUGUUGGGGAUACCAAAUUGAGCUACGGCUAUGAUGGCAGCAAACAGCAGAUCUGGCAUAUAUCCACUAAAAAAUACGGCGACAAAUGGCAGAUUGGGGACAUUAUUGGUGUGACCCUCGAUGUGGAUAAUGAGCUCAUUGAGUACUAUCGCAAUGGGCGCUCGAUGGGCGUGGCCUUCAAUAAGCUGGAGAAGGGUCCGGGCAUUACCUUCUAUGCAGCCAUCUCUCUGGGGUACACCCAGGGGAUUCAGGCGAACUUCGGCAAUCGUCCGUUCAUGUAUCCAGUACCAGGAUUUCUGCCUCUGAUGGCUCGGCCCAUACUCAAGCUUCGACGCGCCAAUCUGCUGAUGAACUACAUCACAAACCUUUCUGGCAUUUUCUCCAAAUACAAUUCUCAGUACAAGGGCUCCGCCAACCAGAGCGAAGCUCGAGUGUCUACCAAGAAGACAGUUUACUGUAUCUUUGCCACCCUGUUGAUUGAAAGAUUUACGAACGAGAUCUUCGACCCGUAUAUCAUUGAAGAUGUGCUGCUGGCAAGGAUUUCGAGCAUGACCAGUCUCACAGCAGAGAAGGAGAAUCCGCACAGUGUGCUGCAGGGUAUGCUAUCGCUCUUUUGGAACUUCAUGGAGGGCGACGAAAUAAAGUUUGUGCUGCGCAAGAUGGUGAAUGCCCUGCUGGCCACCUAUACGCACACGAUACAAGGCCUGGACUAUGAGAAGCAUCGUCAGGCGCUGAGCGUGUUGCAUUGUCUGUGCCUGCAUGAGCCGACAAGGAAAUUUUUGCUGGAGGGAAAAUUAUUUAAGAAGCAUUGCAUCGCAUUCUUUCUAUACAUCCAUCCACUGGAGUUCUACAUUAUGGAAGAGCUGCUGCCCGACCACUUGGCCUGGACGGAAGGCAUUGACGGGCCCAAGGACAAGUAUCUCAACGCUGUGGAAAAGGUGCGCAAGUUGACGGAGCCACUUUACGCGGCUCAAAAAGAUUUCCUGAGUACGCUGAUGAUAAAUAAAGAUGGCUCUGCGCUAGGUUCCUCCAGUCGUACAAUAUUUCUGUCCAAGUUGCGUCGCUAUGUGAUCGAUCUUAGUAUGGAGCAGAGGCCCUUCCAUGCUUUCUUUUUCAUGCAGUCGAGCAUUCAGCAUCCCUUGGACGCUCCGGUGGCAUUGGCCUUUGUCUGCAUCCUGAUCGAUCAGGCUCGCAGUAUGUUUAGGGAGGAGCUGCCCGGCAUGAAUGUGGAGGUGAAAAGCGACUACUUUUUCGAUGGAACUUUCGACUACAUGCACUUUGAUCGUGUGGGCGGCGUCCUAUCGCAUUUGCGCAAAGUUCACAGGCCCGACAUAGAUGCUCGUUUGGGAUCGGUUCGCACACAGCAGAUCUACGAUGAGGAUCGAAACAAUUUGCGGAGCAACCCAAUGGAUGCUCUUUACCUGCUGGGUGAGAAUGGGAACGACGUGGCGGUUAUUGCACACACGCAGGGCGGCAACACCACCUUUACGCAAUUUCUCAGUCCGCGAGGUAACCAGGGCGCAGAAGCACCGCCAGGCAAUGUCGAUAUAGAAGCCAGUCUCUGCGAUCUCUUGGAUCUUUGCAUCAUGUUCUACUACUCGGCGGGGCACAAGUAUAUUGUGAAAAUAGCUUCUGUAAGGGAUGAGAUUGCUGCACUGAACGAUGUACUCAAGGAAACGAAAUACUACCGCGAGGACAUCGAACGCAAGCUGCUGGCUCUCGAGCAGCAUGCCAAUGUCUGCAUGAACGAUGCACAUCAGCAUGUAAUGGGAGAAUUGCGUUCCAAAUUCGGUCAGCGUCAAAACGUUUUUGCGACCCGUUCUAUAUCGCUGUCCAGAAAGCAGCUCUGGCUUCGUGGCGUGGCCUUAAAUAAUCACAGGCGUUCCCUGCUUAUCUGGAUGCUGGAGCGUAUGAUACGCACCCUGACGAGUGCCUCAAACACGGGUCCAUUAUUCUCCUUCGUACCCGAGGUGUAUGUGAAUACCUUACCUAUUCUGCUUGACGCUGUAAUGGACUUUAGCCAUCACGAUAUGAAAGCCCAGUUCGAGGCGACGGAUUCCGACUGCGCCGUCAUUUCAGCAGCGGAAUUUUUGGGCGUCCAUUCGGCAGACCCGCGUAUUGUGCUUGCUUCCUGCAAGGACUCGCUGCUUCAAGCCCUGGGCACACUCACCUGCCACAAAUCCGGGGUGCGAGCCCUGGAACGAUCCUCCCGCAGGUCCCAAGUGGCUCUGGUGCGUGCCCUACUGCGUCCGUACGAGAAUCGGGCGUGGGGCCAGAGCAACUGGCUGUUGCUGCGCUUCUGGAUGGGCGAGGGCUAUGGGUACAAGGACGCCCGCCAGCCUUGUGUCUGGCAAGGCGGUACGCAACCGCUGCAUAUGGGUCUGUGCCGCAGUCGAUCAAGGAACGAGACGCACACUGGACUGCUCCAUAAUAUAGCACCCGCAAAUCCAUCAAAGUAUUUCCAGCGCUUAAUUGGCUCCAAACUGAUUGAGGAUGAACCAUUUGCCACCAGUUUUCUCAACUCGGUGCUGAGUCAACUGAAUUGGGCCUUCUCGGAAUUCAUACUGUUGCUGCAGGAGAUCCAAAACACUGCCCAGCGCCAGGAGAAUACACUGUUCGAGCCCAAACAGCUCAAGAUCUGCUCCAUGUGCUUCGAACUGACAGUGUCAUUGAUGCGGUGUCUGGAGAUGAUCAUCACCGUGUCGCCUGAAAUCGUUACAGAUCCCUCACGUCCGAAUAGCGAUCUUCUGUUGAAUCGAAUCUGCCAGUUAAUCAGUCAGGUGCUAUCUCGGGUCACCGUGCCGCCCGGCUGCUUCCAAUUUGUGGUUGACAUGUGUUCGGCCGACCUCAAUGCGGUCACACACUACCCCAUUAUUACAGCCGCCUUGGGCAUACUGUUAGCCCUCAUGCGCAGCGAGAUGGACAUGGAUAUAACACCGCAAAAAGUUACGCGAAUAUCGCGCGCUUUCCUCACCGAUCCGAGCUUCCAAUUUGCCACGCUGGAGUUCGCCUUGGGUGAGAUACGUACGCCUCUGCUGGAACAGAAGAAUAUACCGCGUGGGAACUUUGAUCCGUCCGCCAGGCCGCACAUUGAUCCGCUCACCAACGAUGUGAGGGUGCCGUUUCCCAACAACUCAAAGCGCAUUCGGGCCGAUCCGCCCAUCAUUAAGUUUGCGCUGUCGGAUUUUCCCACUCACGUGAACUCGGAGGAAAUUGAAAAUAUCCGGCGGCUCAUUGAGGGUCUGCGCAUGAAGCAGACUCUGCUAUCGGACAUAACACUACCUUCGGAGGAUUCGUUGUGUCCCAUCUGCUGCGCCAAGCCCAUCACGGCAGUAUUCACGCCCUGCAGGCACCAGUCCUGCAGCGAUUGCAUCAUGCAGCACCUGAUGAACUCCAAGGUGUGUUUCUAUUGCAAGACCACCAUUCAGACGAUUGAAACUUUGGAUGGCACGCUCAUCUAUUCCAACGACGAGGGCGUUCAAUCGCCCCUGACCGAGGCGGCCUAAGACCCAGGCCCCAAAACCCACCGAUGUUAAACCAAAGACACUCCUCUUGAAAACCCAACCAAGUCUAGUCACUGUUAAAAGACAACCUGCUGCGCUAAAAGUGUAGAUAAACAUACUAUAUGCAUAUAUGUAUAAUCCAUAAAGAUAUUCGUUCAGUUAAAUUAUUAUUUGGCUUGUAUGCUUACGAAAAAUUAGUUAAGAUGUGAUAUGCCAAAAAGGCAAUGUAAAGAGAAAAGAACAAUUAAUUGAAAGUAAACUAAGUAGCACAAAAUA